AUGAGAAAUCACACAGCAAUAACCACGUUCAUUCUUCUGGGACUGACUGAUGACCCACAAAUGCAGAUUCUGCUUUUUGUAUUUCUACUUAUUGCCUACAUGCUGAGUAUUACAGGAAACCUAAUUAUCAUCCUUCUCACAACAGUGGAUGCCCGCCUCAAAACUCCCAUGUACUAUUUUCUGAAAAAUUUUUCCUUCUUAGAAAUGUUAUUCACUUCUGUUGCCAUUCCUCAAUUCUUAUAUAGUCUAGCAACAGGUGAUCGAACAAUUAACUUUUAUGCUUGCGCAUGUCAAUUAUUUUUUGCAUAUCUCUUUGGUGUGACAGAAUUUUUCCUCUUGGCCACUAUGUCCUAUGAUCGAUAUGUAGCCAUCUGUAAGCCUCUUCACUACAUGACAAUCAUGAACCACCGUCUCUGUCAACAACUUCUCUCCUUCUGUUGGGUGAUUACAAUACUAAUCUUAGUUCCACUUGUUAGCUUGGUAAUGGGACUAGAAUUUUGUGAUUGUAAUGUCAUUGACCACUUUGCUUGUGAUGCUAAUGCUAUUAUAAGUAUUUCAUGCUCAGAUACAAACUUUAUAGAGAAGUUAAUUAUUAUUUGUGCUGCAUUUAUACUCAUUGUCACACUCAUGUUUGUGGUAUGGUCCUACACUUGUAUUAUUCAAACUAUCCUUCGAUUCCCUUCUGCAAAACAAAGACAAAAGGCAUUUUCUACUUGUUCCUCUCACAUGAUUGUGGUUUCCAUAACUUAUGGCAGCCUUAUCUUUAUCUAUAUUAAACCUACAACAAAAGAUGAAAUGAAUCUUAAUAAGGGAAUCAUAUUGUUAGUUACUUCCAUAUCCCCUAUGAUAAACCCAUUUAUUUACUCCUUGAGGAACCAACAAGUAAUACAAGCAUUAAAUGAUUUAGUCAAAAAACUUCUUUCAAGGAAUUAA